AAAAAAAGUUCAUGCAAAUAUAUUCAGAUGUGUUUGUCCUCCGUGCUGCUCUUAUGUAAGACGAACAGAGAAGAUGAAGGGCAGAGGCAGCGGACUCUUCUUCACCGAGGAGCCGUAGACAGGAGGCAGCACGGAGAUGGGUGAGUCACAGUCCCGCUCAGCGAUGCUUCAACAUCAGGACCAACCUUUGAACUACAGAGGUCACGGAGGGGCCAACAGCAAACCGUCCUCCUCGCUUCGAAACAGGAAGUGCGAGAAAGAUGGCAACUUCAACUUCCUGCCUUGGAAAGACGACUUCACAGGGAACGGAGGCGGAGACGAGAACCAGAACCCGGUGCGACCUCGUAGCCUGGGUCUAUUGGGCCGUGACCCCCAUAACGUCCCCCCGUCCUCUGGGCAUCACAACGCACAGAGACAGAAGAUGUCCUGCUGGAGCCCACUGGAGCCGCUGCCGGAGAUUGAGAGCGGCGAGGACGGGUACGGACGAGUUCCUCCUGACGGAGCGGAGGAACGGAGGAUGGAGGAGGAGGAGGUGGGGAUGCUGAAGAGGCAGAAUCAAAUGAAGCAGCAGGAGAUGAAGCUGCAGAUGAAGAGAGGAAGCUUUGGAUUCAGAGGACGAGAGGAAGACCAAGACAGGGUCCUGGACCGUGAGGACGAGAACGAGUGGGGAGACAGCGGCUCAGACUCCGGGUCAGAAGGUGGCAGCAGCGGAUCCUCUCUUCACACAGAGGGGGCAGCACAGGGUGACUGGAGCCGCCUGGGUGUGGGAGAGACCAGAUCCAACCAUCACUCCGGUGUGAACAGAGAGACACCUUCACGUCACCACAGCUUCAGCCGAAAGUCCCUGAGCGGGAGCUACAUGGAGAACUUCAUGGAGGAGGAAAUGAAAACCCGCGAAGAUGACGACGAUUCCUCGGACACAGACGGCGAGCUGCCAGAGAUGAUGGACGCCGUCUGGACUCUGAGAGACCGCGAGCACUUCAAAGCCCAGGAGAUGGAGAAGCACCAGGUGCAGCUGACCAUGUACCGCCGCCUGGCGCUGAUCCGCUGGGUCCGUACGCUUCAGAGCCGAGUCCAGGAGCAGCAGAACCGCCUGCAGUCCAGCUUCGACGUCAUCCUGACUCACAGGAAGGAGCUGCUGCGGAUGGGCGGCGCCACCGCCGUCGUGGCCAACACUCCUCCGCCGACUGCUGUCGGGCAGUCGUAAAACAGACGGAAACCGGUGAGAGCACAAACAGGAAGUGGAGUUGUUUCCCAUCAUCCUCUUUGGUGAACAGUUUUCCCUCGUGCUCCAGAAUGUCCGACACAGAAACCUUUGUUUUUGCUGAUUGUGUUCCACACAAACACAAUCAGUGUCGACUGUGAUGUUGUCCACAAAGCAACAUUUGCUCGGCCCAGAAAUGGACCACGCCCCUUAUUUGAGUUA